AUGGAUAUCGUACAAGAAAUUGCUGCAAAAGUUGUCCCAAAAGUUGUCCCAAAAGUUGUCCAAGAAGUUGCCCCAGAAAUCGUCCAAGAAAUCGCUAUGGAGAACAAGUGCGAGUUGGUAAGCACAGCUGUAGAGAGAGUUGUCACAGUAGAGGAUGCGCUAGAAGGCCAACUAGGCGCAGAUCUAAAAGCUGUAAGUGACGAAUGUGUUGUUAAGAUGGACUGCUGUUCAGAUGAUUUGUCCAUAAAUGAGUUGAAUGCGGUUGAGAGUGAUGAAGAGAAUGUCCUCAGUGCUGUUGAGUCACCUGUUUUUACAGAUUGUUGCACUACCUUGGUGGUUGACAGUUCAGAGGAAGAGUUGGAAAGUGUGGCAGUUACGUAUUUGAAUAGUUCUCGAACUAAGGAAGAAAGCGAAAUGGAAAGUGGAAUCGAAAGUGAAAUCGAAAGUGAAAGCGAUUUUUCGGAAGACUAUGUUGAGAGCUCGACUGAAGAGGGCUUGAAAGUGUUGCCCAAUGCUGAAACGGAAGAUUUUGUGCAAAUGGUAAAAUGGAUGAGAAGUAAAAUUGAAGACAAAAUUAUGCGUUUUAAGACUGUGUUUAAAGAGGGUUCGGUAGACAAUGCGGAAAACUCAUCAGAUUCGUUAAAAUGCAAUUCAGAGGACCAAAUGGAAUGUGUACAAGAUCUGAUGAGUUUUAUAGAGCAUACGUUGGACCACGUUAGUCAACAGUUUAAGCCUGCUUCGCCUGCUUCAGGGGAACAUCUUGAGUCGCUGCCAAGAGACGCCACUGAAUGCACGGUGGAGAGUAAAAAACUGUUGGUUAGGGAUGUGGAAGAGUACGAUUUGAGCGGUGUUGAGGCACUCUUCAACGAGUCUGCAGUAUCCACAAAGGAAAAUUUCGACUUGCUGUUUAGGGAUAUUGCCGACUAUGACUUGAGUGGUGUUGAGAUGCUCUUCAAGGAGACUGUGGAAGCCGCAAAGGAAGUGGCUAAUGUGCUGGUGAAGGACUUUGCAGAGUACGAUUUGAAAGGUGUUAGAGCACUUUUCAGAGAGGCUGUAAAAUCUUCGGAGGAAAUUGGGAGUGUGCUGGUGAAGGACUUUGCAGAGUACGAUUUGAAAGGUGUUAGAGCACUUUGCAAUCUUCCUGCUGAGUCUUCCAUGGAAAAUGCUGCACAGUUUUUGGAGGUUGUAGAUAAUGAACCAAGUAGUGGUCAUUAUUUACCCCGGACAAAGGGAUUUUCUAUUUGUUUUUGGGAAACAGGGUACUGCGCGGUGAAAAACAUCCGCCAAACAUCCUAUUAUUCUGUUUUUCAGUACAUUCAUGGUAAGAAAUACGACAUGUACAAAUCGCUUUGUAACGUAAAAAUGGAAUAUAAUUUUAACAGAGGACUUAUUAGGAGGACGAAUGCUGUUUACACGAUCACAGUGAGGAAAGGCAAGGAGAAAAUAAAGAGGCGAAAAAGUGCAGAAGUAAUUAAAGGACCAUGCUUUCCCAGGGAAAGGAGCAUGAUGAUAGAGGACUGUGGUGCUGAUUGUGAAGUCGUGAGUAAAAUCCAAAGUGAAAGCGGAAGUGGAAGUGGAAACGGAAAUGGAUGCGGAAGCGGAAAUGUGCGUGGAUGCGACAACGUGCAGGAAAGCGGAAACGUAAGUGGCAGCAAAAAUGCACGUGGAAGCAGAAAUGUACGUCGAAGCGGAAGCAGAAAUGGAAGUGGAAACGGAAAUGGAAGUGGAAGAGGAGGUGGAAACAGGCGAGGAAACAAUCACAACGGGGAUGGUCCUUCGGAUGGGGAAAAUUCUUCGGAUGACCAAGGUCAUGCGGAUGACGAGCAGUCGUCAAGUGAAGAUGAGCAGUCAGAUGAUGAAAUGGAAAAAUGGAAAAAAAAAAGUGCACAGAAGAGUGCUGAAAGGGAAGAAGAGAAAAGGGUGAGCGGAGGUCUCUCUGGCCGUAUGCUUCCGUGGAGCUCUUGCGCAAAAUCUGGUGAGGAAAGCUUAAAAAGAGAAGAUGCUGCGAGUAACUGUUCGUAUAUGUUACCCCUGGGAAGGAGUCGAAGAGAUGAGGAUGACUUAAAAAGAGAGGACGAUGCGGGUAGCAGUGCGUAUAUGCUGCCUUGGGAAAGAUGUGCCGAGAAAAAGGAUGAUGUUUUGCCCUCCAAAGGUGAAGAGACCUAUGUGCGCAACAGUUUUAGGGGGAGCAGGUGGGACAGGAGUGUAAAGCGAGAGGAAGAGAGUUUAAAAAGGGAGGACAACUUUAAGAGAGAGGACACCCCCAAAAGGGAGGAUAACUUCAAAUGGGAGGACACCCCCAAAAGGGAGGAUAACUUCAAAUGGGAGGACACCCCCAAAAGGGAGGAUAGCUUCAAAAGGGAGAGCAACUUCAAAAGAGAGGACAGCUUCAAACGGGAGGACAACUUCAAACGGGAGGACAACUUCAAAAGGGAGGAUAACUUCAAACGGGAAGAUUGCCUGGAUGCCACCGCCGAUGCUGCACCUUGGUGCGCGGGUGUUACGAGUGAGUCCAGUGGUUUAAGAAGGGAUCACGAGGGAAGGAGUAGCUCAUUGUUGAUACUAUCGCGCAGGAUGCAACAGAAUAGCGGUACAGGUGACUCAAAUAGGGAAAAUGCGACUGGUCGUUUGUUUGACAAUGUUGAUUUAGGCACUGAUGCAGUUGUAGCUGCAGCAGCUGCACCUAGUGGCGAAAAUCAGCAGGGUCAGAGGGGUGUCGCGCCUAAUGAUGUACAGCCUGGUAACAACGGUAGUGGAAGCAGUGGUGAUGAGAACUCCGAGGUAAGCACUCAUAUGGAUGAGGAGAGUAAUGCCAGCGAAAUGAUCCCCCAACCGGAUGGUAGUGGACUCUUUAGUGACACAGAAUAUUCAGAUGGUAGUAAGAAGGGCGAACAAACCAUAACUCCUGAUGAAAGCGAUUUAGAGAUAGAUACUGUACAUUUUAAAAAAGUGUUGGUAGGGAAUUAUAGAGAAAGAAAUGCAUAUGUUAUGAACCGACUGCGUGACACAUCGAAAUAUAUGCUCCCCAAAGCAGAUGAAAUGCCUGAGGACAGAAAGCUUAACCGGAUUAGAAACAUGUAUAACAAUCGUCCAACCAUAUCAGGCAGAACAAAAUAUAGGAGAUAUGCUGACAAAGAAGCGGGCAAAAACUGGAAAGAAAUAUCACGUGUUCUAAAGUAUGCAGAACGAAUUGUAUCGGAAAUUAUUUCAUGCUUCAAAGAAAACAACAAGUUCUGCCCCAAGUAUUCGACGGAAUAUUAUUAUGGAAAGAGGAUUCACAGUUUAUUCCCCCAAUAUCGUUUCUCUGAGUGUAAAAAGAUCUUUUUCUUUUUUGAUAAGCUGCAAAAGAAUCCCAUUAUUGAAAAGAGUAGAGAUGAUUAUCUAGAAACCGUUUUAGUAGAUGCCGAAGUUGAGAACAACGAUCGUUCAUAUAUUGAUACUAUAAAGGGGUGCAGAAAAAUUAUUUUAGACAUUAUGAGCUCUAUAAGGAAGAAUAUAAGAGAUAUAGGAUCUGCUGAUAUGAAAAACAAAAUUAAAGAGUAUAGGGAACGCUACCGAACAAGCACUGAGGAGAGAGAUGGAAUAUAUGCUGAAGAUCAUCCUUACAUUGUAGCUUUGAAAAAAAUCGAUGAUUGUUUCAGGGAACUUAGAGAGAAAUUUUUAUUAGUGCAACACGUUAUCAAUUUUUUCGAUUACAAAAUGGACAGAAUUAUUAGAACCUAUGCAUCUCAGUUGUGUUACAGCUACAGAUUUGUGCAUUAUUGGCUUCAUAUCAUAACGAGAUUAUUUACUGAUGUAGUUCAAGUGUGGGAUUUGCCAGAAGAAUUGCCUUGCCAGGUGUUUGAAACUUGUGGAGAAAAGAAAAAGGUUGUAGUGGUGCGAAGAAAGUUAGUACAAAUAAUGAAAAGAUUUAAGAAAUGCGUUGAAGACGGGAGCUACAAGCCUCAUAUGUACGAACAGAUGGUGACAGUGCCUGACGCUUACGAUAUUUAUAAGUACACCAAAAUAUUUUAUGAUCAGUUAUGUGAAGUGUAUAGAAAUUUAGCAGGACAUGAGAUUCGUGUGGUGCAUGACGUACAUAAUGAUAUUUGCGCGCGGGUAUAUAACUUAGAGCCUUCAAGUGACUUUGUGUAUUACGUAAACCGCAUUAUUCGACGUAUUGGAUCGACGGACCCGUCCCAGUGGCCAAAUCAUGAAGAGGUGCUAGAUCUGCUCCUCGAGGACGCAGGGGAAAUCGACAACACUGCAGUAAAUGGAAGUGCAGGAGGGAACGUCCUAGUAGAUGAGGGUGAAGGAGGGAACAGCGCAGCAGAUGAGGGUGAAGGAGGGAACAGCCCAGCAGAUGAGGAGGAAGAAGAGAACAGCCCAGCAGAUGAGGAAGAAGAAGAGAACAGCCCAACAGAUGAGGAAGAAGAAGAGAACAACGCAGCAGAUGAGGAUGCACAGACCAAUGCCACCAACGGCAGUCAUUACGAUGGAAAUACGAGUGACUCUUCAUACAAUUGCUAUGGGAAUAGACUAGACUCGAUAGAAGACUCAGCGUACUACUGCGAUGGUAUGGCAUAUGGAUCCACGGAAAAUGAAGCGUGCAUCUCUUAUGGGGCUGUUCCUUGCUUAUUGGAUAUUACGAGGCAAAUAGGCUCUGUAUCGCUAUCUGCACCUGUAGAAAAUGUAUCACACGAGAGUUCCAGAAAUAUAGGAGUA